AUGCCCGGCGUCACCGAAUUCAUCUUCUUCCACCUCAACCCCGCCGUCAAACCCGAAGACCCCACCAACAACGAAGCUGGCGCCUCUCUCCUACAGCUCUUCAAGAACACCAAACACCAAAACGGAUACCUGGGGUCCUCUUGGGGCCGCUCAACCGAAGAUGAGAAUGUGAUUGUUUGGGUGAUUGACUGGAAAGACGCCCAAACCGCCCCCACCCUCAUUCCCUCGCUAACACCGUACCUUGCGCCCUCCACUCCCCUAACAACCUUCUACGCGACUCUCUCCCCUGCCCCUCCCCCGCACCAAACCCACGAUCUGUCCUCCUCGCCCGUAACCGAGAUCUUCACGCCGUGGUUCCCAACCUCCAUGUCCGCGGAAGAGAAGAAGAACUUGCACGAGAGUCUCGUAGCGUUCCGGACGGAGCUGGUGGAGAAUCUCGAGGAAGGGAAACGGCCUCAGAGGCUUAUCAUGGGGCAGGUGGAACGGCCCGGGACGCGGAAGCACGGGGAUAGUCCGAGCGGGGAGGCGUUUGGGAUGGUGGUGUUGGCGGGGUGGGAGAGCGUGGAGGCGCAUAUGGAUAUUAAGGGGACGGAGGCGUUUGGAAGGGGGAUUGCGCCGAUUAGGGGGUGGAUGUUGAAGGGAGAUGGAGGGGAUGUGGAGAAGGGGGAGGGAGGGUUUGGUAUAAUGAGGCAUGUGAAGUUUCAGAGAGUGGAGUGA